GUGUUAUAGUCUAAAGACUAUUCUUUCCCCCUCUCACACCCAUUCACGUUUCUCUUCUUCACCUUAACACUGCUCCUUCUUGUUGCUAACAACAAACACAAAAAAACCAGUGCCAGAUUCAUUCGCUCACUCAACAGAAAUUCAUUCGUUCAGUUAAUAUGUUCACAGGUUCUCACUCGCGGUUAAUGGCCACUGUAACUCACCCCAGAAAACAAGAUCUCAUCCUUCAUCAGUGUGAUUUAUUACGUUCCUUAUAACUCAGUCCUUGUGGGUCAGGGAGCAUUCAAGUAGCAAGGUCCUAAUUAUUAACCCCUUUUACUUUCCUGGAACACAAGGCAGUUAAGCCAUGCAGCAGACCCCAAAGACAAGAAGUAGCUCCUCUGAAGUGCCUCAGAAAGUGUCCCCUCGUGGUGGUGGACGCCAACUCAGGCCUGCCACGCUAGAUACUGCAUCUUCAUCAAACCAAGCUCACAAAACUUCAAAGGAUCAUAGAAGUCCUAAAGUCACUGAGCGCAGAUCACCCAGAAGUCCAGCUCCAGAGAGGAAGCGUCCAAGCAGAAUAUCUGAAUUAGAAUCUCAGAUUUCUCAACUCAAAGAGGAUUUGAAGGUUGUGAGGAACCAGCUCAGUUUGUCUGACUCAUCCAAGAAGCAAGCUCAGCAAGAUGCAGAAGAGUCCAAGAAACAACUAUUUGCCGUAUCUGUGGAGCUUGAAGAAUCUCAACAGCAACUUCUGAAGUUCUCUGCUACUGAACAGGCUCGUGUUAUUGAGCUCCAGAAAACUAUAGAAGAGCAUGAUAAGGCGUGGCAAUCGGAACUCAAGGCUGCCCAACAGAAGCUCUCAGACAACACUUCGGCACUGACCUCUGCUAUCGAUGAAAUUCAGCAGCUCAAGGUUCAACUUGAAUUGGUAGCUAAUUGUGAGAAUGCACACACCCAAAUUGCAGAAUCAUCGGACGUGGAAUUACUGAACUUGAAGGAUAACUUGGCAGAAUCACUUUCCCUUGUGGAGAACAUGAAAAAUCAACUCAGGGAUUCUAAAGAGUCAGGUCAGGCACAAGCUUUGGUCAACGAGACUUUGCGACAACUUGAAGCUGCAAAAAGAACUGUUGAGUUCCUAAGAGCUGAUGCUGCAAAAGCUGUGCAUGGCUACAACUCUGCUGCUUCAGAAUUAGACCAAUCUAGAACACGUGUGGACACACUUGAGACACUAGUCAGUAAACUUGAGUUUGGCCUCAUUAGUAACAAAGGCAACCAUUCUUUAAAUGUUGCAGAUGAUGGGAACAUGGAGCUGAAAGCUGAGAUAUCACAAAAGGGUGAGGAUCUUAAUCACACUGAAGAAGAAAUUUAUUCUUUGAGGUCUGCCAUAGAGACUGAUGAUGAGACUAAGCACCUGGAAGAACAUAUUCAGUGUUCAGUGAAGCUCAGGAAAGCCUAUGAGUUGAUUGAGCAGAUAAAAUCAGAAUCAAGCCAGAGGGAAUCCGAGCUAGAGGUAGAAUUGAAAAGAAAGAAUGCUGAUAUUGAACAUUUGAAGGCUAAUCUAUUGGAUAAGGAAACUGAGUUGCAGGGCAUUGUGGAGGAGAAUGAGAAGUUGAAUUUGCAGCUUCAAAAGAGAAAUUCAUCCCAAAGAGAGCUUGAACUUAAAAAGGAGCUUCGAAAACUAGAUGAAUGUGUGGCUGAGUUAAAGGGUGAUCUAAUGGACAAGGAAACAACAUUGCAAAACAUAUCAGAAGAGAAUGAAAUGCUGAAGUUGGAGCUCAGUAAGAGGUUUGGACACGGUAGUAAAGUGGGGGAGGAAGUUGCUGCAGAACUUGAGGUUGCUAAGGCUGCCGAACGUGAGGCUGUUAUGAAACUUGGUAUUUUGAUGGAAGAUGUAGAAAGGAGCAAUCGAAAGGCGGAGAGGGUGGCUGAGCAGCUGGAAGCGUCUCAGGCAGCAAAUUCAAUAGUAGAAGCUGAACUGAGAAGAUUGAAGGUGCAGUCUGAUCAAUGGAGGAAGGCUGCAGAAGCAGCUGCUGCUAUGCUCUCAGCAGGGAACAAUGGGAAGUUGACUGAGAGAUCAAUGUCUUUAGACAACAACUAUAACUCUAUGAUGAAUAAGUACUCACCUUUCUGUGAAGAACUUGAUGAUGAUUUUCAGACCAAGAGAAAUGGCAACAUGCUGAAGAAGAUUGGGAUCUUGUGGAGGAAACCUCAAAAAUAGUCACUGUUUGGUUUAUACCACUUUCUAAUGUUGUAGUGCAAUGUAAUCUUAUGUUACUGCAAUGUUUAUGUUAUGCAAUUUUGUCUGACCACAACCUUUCUCCUUGUUUGGUGAACAUGGUCUACUACUUCUGCCUUGUAUUCUAUUUAUUUAGUUAAGCCCUUUUAUAUGAUCUACCAUUUCACUAUCUAGAAAAUCCAUGAAAUUAUAUUUUCUUUGUGACUUGGUAGAAUCAGGAAGCAUUGAUUUGAUAAUCUGUCUCAAUGUUUGUUUCUUCUCCAUUUCAUGGAAAUUCUCAAUAUU